UUCCCUAGUAGGUUCUGAUGCCAUGGUAUCUAYUUGGUCACUUGUUUGCUCAUUCUCACCUUCAGCUUGACAGGGGCUUGCUUCRACURCAASAUUACAUAAUAUUAGGUACUUUCUACAAAUGAUAAGAAACUAACAGUUUUAUUACAAUGCAAUGURGCCUGUGACAGUUUGGGGUCAUCAAAGAAGUCUCUGUDCCAUCUGGAAAUAUAUAAACAUGCCUUUUCAUCAAUGGAAGACAGGUGAGCUUGUAAACAUACUUGCAGAUAGACAUAUGAAAAAUUAGUCCAUAGACCUGAGAAAUUCUCUUAUUGCAUGCUCAAUGAUGCCAAUGGCUCAGAAACUCCAAUUUGGCUGAAACCUAGUCUCCUCGCAGCCGUUCUUAGACCAGCCUAGAACUUACAACAGCUGUGGAAACUGCAAAGAAGUCUCAUACCAAAYUAUUAUCACAUUGAAAUGACGGUUUACACGAUGUGACUUGUGGUGCSGAAUUAUAGUACACUUAUUUUUUCCUACAACUUGCCGCAUGAUUUUGAGAUCGCAGGUGUGUAGUCGUAGAGCCAUUACAGACAGUACAAUUCUGUAUUCAAGGUGCACAAAUUCGAAAAUCRCAUUGUGUAAAUCGGAUUAUGAUGACCCUUAACGUAGUCACUUAAAUCAAACUAUUGCUAUACUUUUCUUUUCUAAUGAUUUAAAUGAAUAAAGAUCAACUUCAAGCUUUCAACCUUCAUCGCCAACAUGUGUUGUGUCUUCCUCCUCRGGCUCAACACGAGGUAUUCUCUUCCUCUUCCGCCAUCUUCUUGGAGGAUACGUAUACACAUACUGUGGCGUUUUGGGCUCUCUUCUCAURAAUCUACUAAGCCACAAGUGGCAGUUGUUCAUCGCUAUGCCUGUCUGAGCAUCUAGAAAUGGGGCUCUCAUCUUUCGUUCAAAACAAAGGCGGGCAUUGAAAGCCGAUACGUUAUCUAAAGCAUCUUGGUAGAUUUCYCUAAAACGACAAGAAAYAAAAAGUCAGUCUACCAAUCUUUUAGAUUAUUGAAAGAAGCUCGAUCUGUAAUGAAGGAAAACAUUUAAAAUUGCUCUUACUUUGGUUGUUUCGACUCUCUGACAGUUACUCCGCGGGCCGCCAUCUUGAAUCCACAACACCUGGCCUUGACAAAAGGAGGAAACGGACURGGCACUAAGAUGAGUGGACUGCACUGGACGACAGGAUUACCAGAUCGCUCUUUUAUUAGUAUUCUCGCGCUUCUAAUAGUAUUGUGCACGGUCAGUCGAUAGACAGAUUAUAUUAUAUUCAUAAAAAUUCCUCCUCGAUCCGGCAGUAACAGUACGGUUCAUUGAAUCCGUUGUUCAUCAUUGAUCGAAAAGUGGUCGGUUUAGGGAGAGGAGGUUCCCCUGUUCUUCACAAACAACUAUCUCGGUACCACCAGUUAYUGGUCAGAUUGGUGUCUGCUCGGUCGUGACGCAAUUCAGUGAAUCCGUCACCGGUACCCGCAGAAGAUAGUUACUUCAAUUGCACUUCAGUUACUAAAGGUUUUCCUGAUUCUGAAGUCGCUCUAGUGAUUUUACUAUAUGAUCAGUGAACGCCGUCUAAAAUUGCACGAAAAAUGAAAUAGAAAAACACGACUUUUCUUCAAAAGAAGAAGUAACAUAUUUGCCAAGAAAUAUGACAAUUUUCUGAUCAACCAAACAGUACUUUGAAGUCAAAAUUAGUUACUGUAAAGAUGCCUUUACUAGCAAUGUUCAUUGCUCGUGCAAUGAUGAUAGUGGCACUUAUAGGAAGUGURAGCAUGUACUUCUACCUCCACAUUCUUCGCCAUCCGCCGUUCUUUGGUAGUCGGCAGGAUGCGUACGUUCCCCCGCCACCCUUCCAAUGGGACAGGGCAGACCGCAGAAAUGUGAUCAUUGUAACYAACUCAGGCUUUGAAUCUAACAUAUUAGGGAAAAUAUUUAAUGAACAUCCACAAGUUUUCUACAUGGAGCAGCCAUUGUAUCCAUUUGAAAUGUUCAAGACACUGAACUACACUCGUGAUAGCGAAUACAGUGGRCAGGUCCGAGCUUUCCUGGACAACCUCUUCCAGUGUCGCUUUCAUGGUUACAAAGAUUAUUUAACAUUUUUGUCAUAUCCUGGACUUGCAUCACCACAAUAUCGCCUUGCCAGCAAGGCGCUUUCAUCCCCUCCAUUGUGCAAGGAAGAAACAGGCACUUAUACCAGUAAUUUUCUGGAAAUGUGCCCGUUGAUGCAGCCGCGUUGGGUUUCUCAAGUUUGCGCAAGUAAAAUGCAUGUGGUGGUUUCCAUUUUUGGCGCCAGGGCACCUGGCGGUGGAUUGGUUGGUUUGUUACCAUUGAUGACAUCUGAAUCUAUGGCGACACGUGUUUUAUAUCUUGUAAAGGAUCCGCGUGCUUCCAUGUGGGAGAUUCAGGUCAAGGUAGGAUCAACCGGAAUCAUGGGUGAUUCAGACAAUAAUAUCUCAUUUGAGGAUAAAAUUAAGGACUUUUGUACAAAGCUKGAGAAGGAAGUCGACUUCUUUGAAUCGCUGCCAUCAGAACUCAGUAAACAAUAUCAACUGGUAAGAUACGAAGAAGUUCUUCAAAAUGUCCUUGGUGCUGCGCAAAGAGCKUUUAARUUYGCAGAGAUUARACUAGAACCGUCAGUUGGCGAUUUCGCCAAAGAACAAAGCCACAAACUUAUAAAUAUUGAUAAGCAAAUAUCAUGGCGGCUUGGAAUCAAUAAAGACACUGUAUCAAUGGUAGAGACACACUGCGCAAGUGUAAUGAGGACUUUGGGAUAUAAAUUACUGAAUGACAAUGACAGCAGCUUGAGAAAUUUAGAACAUUCGCUUCUAACKGAGCCGUUAACUAGUCAAAUAUUAAAAUAGCAACUUAGGUAGAAAAAUUAAAUUGUUACCAAACAA